AUGUCCCUCUUCUCUCUGACUAGUCUCUCAAGUGAAUCUGAUCUCUCAGACGGCUUCACUAUUGUCAUCCCGACUAUCACACCGUCCAAGAAGCCGUCUCCGAAAGCACUGAACAACAAGCCGCCACCCUCGCCGAACCAGAAGUCACUUAUCCGGCGACGUAGUCCCAGUCAUGAAAUCGUCUCCCGCCGAGAUGACCGCCGUUCUCGAAUAACCCGUGCCCGUAGCUCCAGCCGGGAACGCGAAACCGUUACUUCUGCCACGCGAAGCACGCUGUCAUCAUUCACGUCUUCUUCCUAUCCCAGCAGAAGGAUAUCCCGCCGCUCUCGCUCCAGCUCUCCAACUGAGCGCACUUGGUCUUACAGCUAUGAUAGCGACGCAUCAAGUGAAGAAACCGUUGAGGAUGAGGUGGAUGGCUAUAGCCGCCCUGGUGGCUCAUUAUAUCAUGUCCACGGUCGAACGGAUGUGCUACCAGCUCUGCCACUAGAGCCAUACUCGGCAUUCCUUGCGGCGUAUCGCCUCGUUCACCUCGUUGGCACUUCCCGACCGCUCUCGCCCGAUUCGCAGGCUUCCAGUACAGCUAUGCAAGCCAACGCGCCAAGCGCUUUACCAGUGCAUCUUUUGCCGACUUUCACACCCACGGAGAAGCGCGCUCGACGGCUUGCUCUCCUCAUGGACUCGGAGGACCCGGACAUUCAGGACUGGAGCAUGCUGGAGUUCGCCAAGCUCAGCCGCUCUGGACGUGAUCUUGUGCGAUUUGGCGUAUUCGAGAUGCCUGCUCGACCCGCGUCGCCUGUAGACACUGCAGACGAGCCCGUAUCCGACUUUGACGAUGCGAGCGUCUCGGAAGUGGGCGGGAUGAACUGGCCGUGGAGUCGACGUCCGAAGCGUACACGGGAGGAAGACGAGAAGCGCGGUGCUGCGCUUGAAGCGCUCGCUGCUCGUCUCGAGAACGCGCGGGAGGCGGCCGAAGAGCGUGAAGAGCUCGACCGCGAGCAGGCUUGGGCGCGCGAGACGUUCGGUCGCUGGUUGCGCGAUGGACGUGCCGACGGUGUAUUCAAGGAAGCCGCGGGCGUUCUUGAUGCGCUUUUGCGCACGAUGGCACGAGAAGAUGGCGAAGAAUGGGCCCUUGAACCGCCGCCUGAACCUGCUCCACCUCCACCGCCAGCACCGCCCGUCGAGGUCACACCCACUCCUGAAGUUGAGUUCAGUGUUGAUGAGCCCAUUAACGAGUGCGACUCUGUCAGUCUAAAGGCUGUGGCCAAGGUCGGCACCGUGGUGACGGACGAUAUCCCAGUCUCCGGCACGGAAACCGAACGCGAAACGGCCGUUCGCGCUUUGCCUGAGCCUGUCACAACACCAUUUGAUGCGCCGGUUCCCACUACCGCGCUCGCACUCGGUACCCCGCUUGUGAUGCCCACAUCUACACCCGCUCUAGAGAAGAUGUUGGACGACGCGCACCCAAAGUAUAGCCCUCCCAUCGCGAUACAAGCCGAGACGCCACCUGUGGACCCGAUGGAAAAGCAGGAUACGGGCGAGUUCGCCGCUGCAAUUAUCAACGCUACGCGUCCUGCGUUCAAGUACAUGAACUCCGCAGGCUUGCCUGUACCUCCGACUCCUCCGACGUACAUCACACCCGCCGCACCCGCUCCCAAGCCACCUUCUCCACCACCUCCAACAGCCAUUACGCCCUCGCCGCCAAGAGGAUUACCAGCGCCUGAUUCGCCACCCGCACCUUCGCACAAGUCCAGCGCAUCAUCAGCCAUACCUGCGCCACCCAAGCCGAACUUCCUCACCGAUACAGCCUCUCCUGCCGCGCCCGCCGAUGAUGAAGACAAGUACUCGUCGUACUCAGGGUUCUACAAACGCGAUCCGCGGCGUGCGCAGGAUGAGCGACCCAUUCGACCGCAUCCUGCGUAUGACAGGGCUCGUUUCGGCGGACCACAGCCGACACCUGAACAGGUGUUCGGUACGUACGCCGACUUCUACAAGGGGCGUAGUGUUGCGGGCAGUGUCGUUUCGCGAAGGUCGGCUAGGUCCGUGAAGUCGACCAGAUCGGUACGAAGGGAGAGAGAUGGUAAAGGGAAGGAGAAGGAGAAGGAGCGCGAACGCGAACGCGAACGCAGUGAUCGCGAGAAGGGAAAAGAGCGGGAGCGUGCAAGAGAGAAGGAAAAGGAACGUGCGAAGGAGAGGGAGAGGGAGCGCGAGAGGGAGAAGGAGAGGGAACGGGAGCGAGAUCAAAGGGAGAGGGAGCGAGAGCGCGACAAGGAGAAACAACGCGAGGCGGAGCGAGAACGCGAGAGACAGCGAGCUAAGGAUAAGGACAGGCGACAUGACACGGAUGCCCGCUCACACGUCUCGAGAAAAUCGAGGCGGGAUUCGUCGCCAACUGCUCGUAGGCGCGACACUUCGCCUAGGCGCCGAGAUCCGUCCCCUCGGAGACGUGCAGCGUCGCCACGCCGCCGUGACUCUUCACCACACCGCAGAAAUUCGUCCCCGAGACGUCGCGAACCCUCGCCCCCUCCGAAACGCGACAGCCCUCUUCAUCGUCGUGAUCGUGAGGCCACGACAAUGCACCGUAACAGGAGCAGUUCUCGUGAGCGCCGCAAGCCCAGUUCGCCGCGCCGUUCGGGCAAGGAACAGGCGAAACGGCCAACAACACCGACGGACGACCUGGAGGAUAUCGCCGUCUCCUCACGCAUAUCCUUGGAGACGGGUCGUCUAACCACUCCCGGGCCGUCACGUUCUGCGUCGCCUGUGUCUGGAGUAGGUGGCAGAUCGGAACGCCGCCCUCGAGCACGGCGACGCUCGUCUGCAGGACUCACAACACCGCCGCAAUCUGUCGCGCCACGAUCACCGUCCCCCAGCCCACCACCAAAAGGCAAGGGCAAGAAAGGAGGCAAGGCGCAACGUCUGCGCGGAGGUGCAGGCUCGCCUUCACCACCGCGCCGCCGCUUCGGCCCAGUUGCGCCUCCGCCGCCGCCAAGUGAGGCUACAGCUGAACCGCUCUUGGCGGCGCUCGAUACCGAUGUAGGCGGGGAGGGCCCAGAUGAAGCCGACGGUGAAGCCGCGUUCCCACCUUUGCCACCCCUCCCGCCUGUACAGUUUUGGAUGCCGCCUCCCGCACAGGACGAUUCAGACUCGGAUACGGAGGUUGAAGGCGAUAAGCGAGUGCCGCCGGUCUUCCUCGCUCUCGGCGCACGGCGGGCAUGCGUACCGUACACACCGGCUUUCCAAGGACUCGACACGCGCGUCGUGCGUCCCGUCAGUGCUCGCGAGCGGCUUGCGCUUCGUGACUCUGCAUCUAUCUUAGUGCGGCUCGGUGCGAGAUUGGAAAGGGAAGCUAUCGGCGCGGAUAUGUGGAGUCUGAGCUAUGUGCGGUUUUGA